AUGGAUGAAUGGGAAUUUGCGGAUGAAGUGGAUAUACUUGCCAAGCUACCUGAGAAUUUUGACGAGUUGAGAGAGUCGAAGAAAUGGCAGGAACGUAAGGAAGCACUUGAUAUUCUCUCUGCUCUUCUUGAUGCGAAUGUUCGCUUGUCAUCAAAGGCUAGCUAUGGGGAAAUUCUUGGUAACCUUCAGACCAUGCUUGGAAAGGAUGCUAAUAUAAACGUUUGUGCCCUCGCUGCAAAAUGUAUCAAGGGAUUUGCGAAAGGACUGAGAACGAAGUUUGCACCUUAUAUUAUACCAGUUGUUUUCGACAAGCUUAAGGAGAAAAGACCAUUGUUAAGAGAUCCACUUGUUGAAUGUGCGGACGCAAUUGCGGCAACGAUUCCAUCAUUGGAUUUGAUUGUGGAAGAAAUCGAAGAGAAUAUGAAGAAGCCAAAUCCACAGAUUAAGCAGCAAGUUGAUGUUUUUUUGUAUAGACAGUUGAAUGCGCUGACAGUUGAUAAGGCCCCUAAAAAGCUUGUAAAAACUGUGAUACCCUUACUAAUAAAACAUUCUGGAGAUGCUGAUCAAGAUGUUCGUGAAUCUUCUUUGUGUGCGAUUGGUUCUAUACAACGCCUUAUUGGAGACAGAAAUAUUCGGCCCAUGAUUGGUGAUCUUAGUAGCGACGAAGCCAAAAUGAAAAAGAUUGGCGAAUACGCUGCGAAAGCAGCUCAAGCACAUGCGGAAGAGAUUGCUAAACAGUCGCCAAAUACUGGCUCUGCUCAACAGGGAGGAAGUGUUCUGUUGAAAUCCGAAUGUGGUGCACCCACUUCUGUUUCUGAAGCUGAUUCGUGGGAUUCUCUAGAGGCUGUUGACGUACUUGCUAAACUACCUGAGGAUUUCAACACUAAUGUUGAAAGCAAGAAAUGGACGGAAAGAAGGGAUGCAUUGCAGACAUUCCUCGACAUCCUGGUAGCGAAUCCGAAAUUGGAUCCAAAAGUAUCUUAUGGCGAACAUAUAGCUUUAUUGAGACGUAUUAUUGAGAAGGAUGCAAACAUCAAUGUGGCUUCUUUAGCGGCAAAAUGUAUGAAAGGACUUGCCUUGGGGCUAAGAAAAAAGUUUGCUCCGCAUGUAGCUGCAGUUGCUCCUGCAAUAUUCGACAAAUUUAAGGAGAAGAAACCCAUCCUUCGCGACCCACUUGUUGAAUGUAUUGAUGCAGUUGCUUCCACAACCACUCUGGAGGCAAUGGGAGAUGAUAUCAUUGUCGCUCUCGAAAAACCGAAUCCAAAUAUAAAAAUUCAAGCAGACCUUUUUCUUUACAGAUCUUUUAAACAACUCGAUUCUCAGACAAUGCCUAAAAAAACCAUCAAGGCACUAGCUCCACUGCUUAUUAAGCACACCGGAGAUUCUGAUGCUGAGGUUCGCGACGCAUCAUAUGCAGCUUUGGGGUCUGCGAUGCGUGCUAUAGGUGAAAAGUUAUGCUUGCCGCUCUUAUCGGAUAUCCUUGACGACAAGUUGAAAAUGGGGAAGAUAAAGGAAUUUUACCAAAAGGCAUGUGAAGAAGUUGGUCCUGAGGUAAUCACGCAAAUGAUACAAUCAAUUCACAAGGCCGAUGUGAGUUUUUGUGUGAAUGAUUCUCUCAAACCACCAGCUGGUGAUAAGAAGAAGGAAAUGCCAAAGAAGGUUGAGGAGAAUGAGCCACCAAUAAAGAAGACUUUGGAUGAGUUACUGUUUGCAAAUGAUGAGAAGCAGCAGCGACUCAAAGAUGAGCGCGCCCUUAAGAUUCUGAAGUGGAAUUUUACUUUGCCAACGGACGAACAUGUAGCACAACUGCAGGAUCAAAUUGGACGCCUAGCAAAAGCAUCUCUAGUGGCAAUGCUUUUCAGUAAAGAUUUCAGGCAACAUCUCAAAGCAAUUGAGUUGCUCAACAAGGUUAUUUUAACAGAUUCGUUUCCAUCUCUUGUGAAGAACAGUGAUCUUCUACUUAAGUGGUGUACGUUAAGAUUUUAUGAAACAAACCCUGCUGUUUUAAUAAAGGUGUUGGAGUUUGCAAAGCAAGUAUUGGUUCUUGUACAAUCAUUCGAUGAACCUAUGUCUACCGAAGAGAUGUACGCCUUUGUGCCACACUUGCUGAUAAAAUCUGGAGAACAGAAGGAGAGCAUGAGGAAUGCCGUCCGCGACAUCAUUGACGAAAUUACAGACAUUUGUGGCCCAUUGAAGAUGUGCCCAACUCUUCUUGAGGCAUUGAAAACGAAGAAUGCUCGUCAACGUGCGGAGUGUCUGCUGGUUCUCGAGCAGUAUAUUAUCCGCGCUGGACUUACCCAAUUGAGAUCGUUGGUUUCUCUGGCGGCAUGUAUUAGUGAUCGCGAUAACAAUGUACGAAACGCGGCAAUAAAUGGGCUGGUGGCUUGCUAUCGUGAUGAAGGCGAUCAGAUGUGGCGUAACAUUGGCAAAAUAGGUGAUAAAGAACGUGGAAUGUUAGAAGAACGUAUCAAGAGAUCAGGAGUAGCCCCUGGAAGCACUGGAAUUCGACCAAGCAAUGGCGUUGGAGCUAAAAUUUUGCUUCAUAUUUAUCGAGUUUCCAGACGAAGUGGAUCAUCUUCCUCAAUUUCCUCUAUUGACACUAUGGAUCAGCUGGAAAAGGUUAUCCAAAAUAUAUCGUCUGGACUUAUUGAUGUUGCGAAAGACGCAUUAGAACAGGUUCACUGUUACGUUUCUUUAUUUGUAUUGUUGUAA